AUGACCGAAGUCGAGCAGCCAGCCCAGGCUGAGGACCAGCAACAGCAGGCUCAGACCUACUACGAUCAGAUCGUCGCUAACGGCUACGUUCAGUCGGUAAAACCUUCCCUUUCCCUCUUUUUCCAUUAACCUAGUGAACCUUCAGGCCAUCAGCGCCUAUUUGAAGACGAAAGAUCUUCAUCCAGUCAUCAACUCGACGCUGAGCGCCGCUGAAGGGAAAGCACUGGACGUGAAAAACUACGCUGCUCAGAAGGCCUACGACGGAUACAAUUCGUACUAUGUGAAACCAAAGAACACUGCUUAUGAAGCGGUUUCUUACGGAACCCAGAAGGCCAAAGAUGCCGUCGAAACAGGAAAGAACGCGGCGAUCGUCGGAGGAACGUUCGGAAUCGGAACCGCCGUCGUCUUCACUCAGUUCUCUCUGGCCAUCACGGCUGGAGGAGCUUCUCUUGUUCUUGAGGGAGUCGACAGAACCAAAAAGAUCGGAACCAGCGCCAUUACUACGAUCCGUGACGCCGAACAAGCCGUCGAGCACAGAAUCAUUUCUGCAGUUCAGCAGGCACAAAGAAUCGCAAUGGUGCCGGUUGAGAAGAUUGCCGAGAACACCAACGCUCUUCUCGAUAUUCUGGAUGGAGCCGUUCAGAAGGGACUGAAAGUGGAAGUGCCGCCGGCAGUUAACAUGACAAUCCCGCAAAGAAUCAAGAGCCUGGCAUCUCUGAUCGUUCAAGGUGUCAACAACAAGGUGAUUCAGAAGAAUGCAUUGUUAAAGAAUCCUCUAGCUCUUUAAGGCGCACGAUCACUUCAUCGAUCCAGUGAACGAGAGAAUCCGUGGAUAUCUCGAGCAGCUCAGCAAAUCCAUCGCUCUGGUGGGUACUUUUCGCCGAGGCUCUCAGCAAAGUUUCUCUUUUAGAUCGACGUAAUCCGUGAGAAAAAGGAAUGGGUACUCGAGAAGACGAGCGAAUUGUCGACUUCAGUUUACGACUUCAAAAAGACACUCGAGGACGAGGCUCAGCAGUACAAAGUUGCCCCGGAAGAGAUGCUGAUGAAGCACAUUCAGUCGAGUUCAGCGCAGCUUGCCACACAGCUUCAGACGUUGCGUGAAAAGGGACAAAAUGUGAGUGACUGGCUGUCGGACUGACAAGUUAAUCCCAUUUGAUUCUGUAGGUGUUCGGGGAUGGAACCAAAAUCGACGCUACCAUCGACUACUUGGAGAAGCUGAAGACCAGUUUUGCCGAGGCUGAAGACGUUUACAAAGUUCGGGAUGAGGUGAGCCAGGAAAGGUUCGAAUUGUUUUCCAACUCUUCGAAAUUGCAGGUUCUGGGCGAGGCACGCCAACGACUCGCCGAUCUCGGAACGUGGUCGUCCAAUCUUCUGGUUCGUCAAAGCGAAAAUACUCCUGAACCUGAACAGUAACUUUCCCGUUCCCGAACCCAUUCACACUGAAAUGUAUUCCAUUCCUGUCGAAUAACUGGCACAUCACUCACUCCCUUCUUGUUUGUUUUGCCAGACCUUUGCCCCCCCCCCCCCUCACAUUUUUGAUAUAGAAAGCGAGUGAUAGCUGAGGCAAUGAUGGCGUCUGCUGUCAGCCACGCUAUUCAAUCUUCUUUUUUUCUUUUUGUUUUCCUCUCCAUUACACCACCUCGACUUGACCUGUUCUACUCCUUCAUCAGCCCGCUCAUUCGUGCCUUGUCGCAUGGGGAAUGUCCGUGCGGAUGUUGUCUAUAUUUUGUCAGAUGUACGACUACCUUCUCAGAACAUUUUCAGUAAGAAUUUCCCUUGAUCCUAAAUGUAUCUAACCGUACGUGUAUCCUCUCAUUUAUCCACGACCAUUAUAGUCCACCACCUCCACCACGGCCCGGAAAUAAAGACACAGUGCGGUUUUGCAGAUUCUGUCCGCCGAAUGGCAGUUUGAGCCGGAAGAUCUGCUCAUCGAAGAGCUGUACUUUGAAGCGCCGCCCGUCCACCGCAUUCAGUCGAUAAAUAGGAAUCGUGCUUAA